CACCCCCACGGCCCUUCCCCCAGCAAAGAAAGGGAAAGCAAAGCCAUUCUCUUCAAAGUUCAAAACCCAAACCAAACCCUACAUUCUUCAUCGGUUCUGCGGGCGCCGGUCGUGGUUGUCGGCGCCUCCGAUGCUUCCUCCUUCCCCUGUCCCAAACCCAGACUCUGUUCUAGCUCGGCACGUCGUCCAUCCAUUUGUGGCUUCUCUGUUCGAAGCUUCGAGCUGCUCGCGUCGUCUCGCCGCUCGCCAUCGUCUCUUCAUGGUCCUGCUCUCCGUCGAAGGUUCGAGCUGGAAAGUCAUCAUUGAUUAACCCUUUACUAAAGCGAAGAAUGUGCCCUACAGCCCCCAGACCAGGAGUUACAAGAGAAUUGAGGAUGACAAAUUUUCAUGUUGGCAUUUAAUAUUUAGUUUUUUCAGUUGAACCACGGUUGGACGAGUAGACCAGUGAACCAAUGACUAGAGCAGUUUGAUGACCGGUCCGGUUCUCAGAAUAAUGAUCUAAACCAUAUCACUCCCCCUUCUCCAACCCUAGCUGCCGCUGCCGCCGCCGGUCCGUCGAUCCACUGCUGCCAUCCGUCCGUGUAGCCACUGCCCCCAAGUCUGCAACUCCUGCUCUCUUCUUCCACGAGCUCUCGGCGCAUCCCCUGCUCUCUUCAUCUUCUCGCCAUCAUCUGGUUGGCGUCGUCCGUCAAUCAAGGGUCUGUCGCCAUCGUCUUCGAAGCAUACCACACAGAGGCACAGCGCUGGCAGCUCACCUCGGUUCACCGCCACCACACGCUCGCCGCUGUCUGCUGCGCCUCUUGCAGAUCCUCCACAUCGUGUGCUCGCGAGUCGCAUCUCGCCUCUCUCCUUCGUUUGUGCUGUGUGCUCGGCCGCUCGCGCCUCCGUGGGUGAGUGCUCGAGCUGUGCUUCCUGCGGCCAUGCAGCGUGUCGUCGUCGUCCACCAUCACACACCCAACGCCUGGUGUGCUUCACUGCCCGUAUCUUGCUUCUCUUCCUGCAGCUGUGCUUCCUGGUGAGUACUCAUGUCUCCCCGCGCCGCGCCUCCGCCCCUCCCUCGCCUCUCUUCCGUGGUUGUUGCCGCCUGAACUGCUGCUCGUCGCCCACCUUCUGCCUCUGUAACAACAGGGGAGCAUUUAAUUUAUUUUCCAGUUUUUUUCCAGGUUGAUUCAUUGAUGUUGUUGCUGUGAAUUUUAUUGUUGAUUGGUUUAUGAGCUGAUUAGAAAUAAAUAUGGCAGUGGUUGAAUUGAAAUGUUGAAUUGGUUUCUGAAUUGGUUUAUGAAUAUGAAUAUGCAGGGGUUUUGCUGAUUAUGAAUAUGGUUUAAUUGUUCUGAAAACCGGACCGGACCGGCCGUUUCGACCGGAUUAACCGGGAACCGGUCAUUUGGCCGGUUCGGUUAGCCUAUAGAACCGUUCUGCAAAAAACCGGUUAAAAAACCGGCUGAACCGGUGGUUAACCGGCAAACCGAGCGAACCGUACGGGUUUUUUCAAGUCCCGGUUCGCUGAUCCAACAAUCAAAACAGCGCCGUUUUGAUUCCAGAGAAAACAAAAACCCAGUGCUGACUUAUCCCCUUUCUUUCUCUAACAAACACACCCUCACCAACCCAAGAUUCUCCUAAACGGCGAAACCCUGUUAGAGCCACCAUCACCAUCUCCCCUUUCAUUCUGCUCUUCUCCUCGCUCCGCCAGAAGCUAAGGUCGGUUCGGGGCUGUUGUUGGCGUCGCCGUUUUCUUUCUCUAACAAAAAACCCAGUGCUGACUUAUCCCCUUUCUUUCUCUAACAAACACACCCUCACCAACCCAAGAUUCUCCUAAACGGCGAAACCCUAAACCCAAGAUUUUCCGUCCGAGCUCUCUUUGUCGCUGCUUCUUUGCUCUUCACUGUUGGUCGUUGCCGCUUCUCCACUCCUCGCCGUGGGUCGUCACUGCUUCUCCCCUUCUUGCCGUGUCGUUUCUUCUUCUCACCUCCUCGUCGUUUUUGGAUGUGGCCCCUUCUCGUCUCCCCGCCAUUCUUGUCGUCGCUGCCUCUCCUCGCUGGCUCUAUGCUGUCUUUUCCUCUCCUUCAUUGGCAAUUCAGAUAACGAGUGGGAAACUGCUGCUGCCGCCUCCGUUGCACUCAAGAACUUCCGUCUUCGUGCUAUCGGCGUUCGCUACUUCGAUCUCACCAACCCCUGUUCGCUCUCCAUCCCCUGUUCGCUCUCACGAAUCGCCUGGUCGCCGUCGUCCGCGCGCUCAACAGCUCUUCGUCGUCCGUCGAAGGUUGAGGCUGAAUUGGUCACCCACCUCAUCAUGCACGACACAUGUUUGAUGAAAUUCUCCAUACACCUUUUAUGCAUAAAACAAGCUCCUACCCUUGAGCAAUGUUGUUCGUGAUGCUUUGCCUUUGAAAGUUUUCAAAAUCUGUCAUUUCUUUCUCUGUGUUAUGAUUUGGAGUUAUGGGCUCCAAAACAUUGUUUAAGUGGCCAAAGCAAAUUACAAAUUCCCUGGUUGAGCAGCUGAUAAAAACAGAAAGGGAUAUACACAGAGCUCUUCUUGUGUUUGACUCAGCAACAGCUGAAUAUAGCAAUGGCUUUCGUCAUGAUCACAAGACUUUUGGUAUCAUGAUCUCUAAGUUGGUUACUGUGAACCAGUUUCGGUUAGCAGAAGGAUUGCUUGAGAGAAUGAAGCAAGAAAAUUGUGAGGUUACAGAGGACAUAUUCUUAACUAUUUUCAGAGGUUAUGGACGUGUGCAUAGGCCACUUGAUGCCAUGAGGGUAUUCCUGAAGAUGGAACACUUUAAGUUGCGGCCCAGUGUGAAGUCAUAUCUUACAAUAAUGAAUAUUCUUGUGGAGGAAAACCAUUUAAAGAGGGCCCUUGGUUUUUACAGGGAGAUGAGAGGAACAGGCAUUCCCCCUAGUGUUGUUUCCCUCAACAUUUUAAUCAAAGCCCUCUGUAAGAGCAAUGAAACCAUUGACGUGGCUUUGCAGAUAUUUCGCGAGAUGCCAAACCGGGGAUGCCAGCCAGAUUCUUAUACAUAUGGCACAUUGAUUAAUGGGCUAUGUAAACUGGGAAAAGUCAGUCAGGCAAAAGAGCUGUUCGAUGAGAUGGAGCAGAAAGAAUAUGCACCAUCUGUUGUUACCUAUAGUAGUAUGAUACAUGGGAUGUGCCAAUCUAAUAACUUGGAUGAAGCCAUGCAAUUGCUUGAAGAGAUGAAAAGAAACAGCAUUGAGCCAAAUGUUUUUACUUAUACUUCUUUGAUGGACGGUUUAUGUAAAAGUGGGCAUUCAUUACGAGCAUUAGAGCUUUUAGAAAUGAUGAUUAUAAAACGUCAUUUGCCUAACAAUGUCACUUAUACAACCUUAAUUGAUGGGCUAUACAAAGAAGGAAAGCAUAGGGAAGCUGUGGAUGUUCUUGACAGGAUGAGGCUUCAAGGUUUGAAACCAAGUGCAGGGCUGUACGGGAAAAUCAUAAAGGGCUUCUGUGCUGAAUGCAGCUAUCAAGAAGCUGCGAACUUCAUCGAUGAGAUGGUGCUUGGCGGUAUUAAGCCAAGUCGAGUGACUUGGGGGCUUCAUGUUAGAAUGCAUAACAUGGUGAUCCAAGGCCUUUGUAGUAGUAUUGAUCCACCCCGUGCAUUUCAGUUGUAUCUUAGUACACGAACUAGAGGUGUUUCAAUUGAAGUUGGCACUUUUGAUUGUUUAGUCAAAUGUUUUUGCAAGAGGGGAGACCUGCACAAAGCUGCUCGAAUUCUUGAUGAGAUGGUAUUAGAUGGCUGCAUUCCAGAUGAGGGAAUAUGGAAUGCAGUAAUAGUUGGACUUUGGGAUCGGAAAAGAGUUAGAGAAGCCACUGAGCUACUGCUUGCUGAACUGAAACAGAAAUUUGUUGAAGCUGAAAGUUGAAGCUUGUAAAAUUUUAUACCACAUGUAUGCGCAUUGCAUUUUCCAAA